AUGGGCAAGCUACGGAAAGCUUGUAAUUGGGAUGUCCCUGUAGUUUCAUCUUUAGAUAGUGAUGAUUCUGGAGGUGAAGGAUUUGUGCCUAAUGAUUUUGCAGAAGAUGGUUCUUUCCCUGUGUCUAUGGAAUUAUCUGGUGAUGAAGGAGGGCUUGACAAAGCUCUUCUGAAGUUCUAUCUCAACCGAAAAGUAAAAUGCCUCAAGAGGAAAUUAUCAUCUGCUUCAAGGAGGAAUGUGAGGCAGAAACGCUCUAGUGAUUACCCUACUUGUGCUACUUUCACUAGAUAUUCUGGGAAGUUCUUCUCUGGUGUUGUUGAUGGUCUAUGUUCUAGGUAUCGAGAUGUUGUCCAGAGAUAUGGCAUGGGCUGUCUCUUAGAGUUUGUUAGGACUGAGGUGCCCCUUAGGUUAGUGAAGUAGCUCGCCAGUAGGUUUGAUGUCCUUUCAUCUGAAUUCCAGCUCAAAAAGAAAUUUAUCCCAAUGACCAAGUAUGAUAUUCAUGACAUCCUUGACCUUCCAGUAGAUGGUGAGCCACUUGUGUGUGAUGCUGAAUCUGGCCGUGAUUUUAUCCUCUCUCACUUCAACUUGACCAGUAUUCCUCCCGUGUCCUUCUUUGCCAACAAGAUAAAAUCAACCGAAGUCGAGUUGCCUGAUGAAGAUGUCUUUAUCUGUUUCAUGAUUGUUGCUUUUUCAUCAUUCCUUUGUCCCAACUCUAGCCUCAGUCCUAGCCCAAAGUACCUUCACAUCUUUCGGGAUUGUCCUUCUAUGCGUAACUAUGAUCUGUCAAAAUUUGUUUAUGAGUGGAUGUUGAGUUGCAUAAAAAAGUUCAAGGAUUCCACUAAAGUUGCUUCCAAAAGAUCAGUGACGUUUGGCGGUUGUCACUACGCUUUUGCUGUUUGUUACCUUGACCAACUCAAUUUCGGUCUUCACUCUGUUUCUGAUGUAAAGCCUCGCAUCCUAGCCUGGAGAGGCAACAAAGUUAAGCAAUUUUCAGAGCUUGAUAGAAACAAUAGCCACUCUUUUGGUAAGAGGCCUCUAAAGCAGUUGUGUGCUUCAGUUCAUCCG